AUGAACGGGACUUACACUGACCGGAAUCUUUUUCAGAACCUGUACCCACGUUCCAAUGCCCCAGUGUGUAGCAAUUCAGCUUCGACAUUCUCUUUAAGUGAUCCGCCAUAUGAUAACUACUUCUAUUCCGAUUGCAAUGUUGCCGCCCAGGUCAUUGUCACCAGUCCCUUGUCAGACAGCAAUCUUUCAACUAUUAGUCCUCGGGUGAUUGUCGCAUGGCCAGCUGGGGACAGUGGCGCGUGUGCCUUCUUCGCACCUCAGAAUGGAGUUAACGGGACCCUGGGCAUUGAAUUUGUCAAUUCAACUGUCGGUAGCCCGUUGGCCCCUGCAUAUAACGCAUCGUCUACAGGAGACUAUCCCAGUGUUGGCGUGCAGGGUGUUAUAAGCUUCAAUUCUUCGGCGAUCCUUUCUCUGCCUAUUCUGGGAAGUAUCCGUACAAUCCGCGACUUCGUGGAGGGUGCUAGUAUCCUUUACCCCGAAAUCCAGGAUGCCGUUGAGUAUACAUCAAACAGUGAUGGAAGUGCCUCACUGCAUCGGCUAUGGCUGGAUAAUGUUACUACAACUAGCAUCCAUUUUAGCUCCUGGAAUAAUGGCACCGGUACCAAUACCAGUGUCACGGUUUCAAAUGGUACAUUGGCAUUUGAGGCGGGCGAGUAUCUCUUCACUGCAGAAAUGAACUACCCACAGCUAUCCCAGCUGAACUCAAGUGUAGUCCUCAAUACCCAGUCAACUAACUUGAGUCAAACUAUGCCUGGUCAGACAAUUGCGCUUUCGUUCUUGUCUUACUCGGAGAAAUUGCUAGCAGGUGCUUGGCGAUUUUUGACUUACUUUGGGCGUGACUCGAUGAUCUCAGCACUACUUCUGGAGCCAGUCCUGAGUAGUGGAAAUGGAAGUGCUAUGGAAGCUGUUAUUGGGGCUGUACUGGAGCGGGUGAACAGGUCAGAUGGAAGUGUUUGUCACGAGGAGACGAUUGGUGACUAUGCGACUUGGACAAAUUUACAAGAUAACAUUACAAGCAAUGUGAUGGUCUGCGACUACGCAAUGAUUGAUUCGGACUACUACCUCCCCGUUUUGAUGCAGCGAUACUUCCUAGAGAACCCGGUUGGACAGAGGAGGAUUUCUGCAUUCUUCAACACAUCGGCUGGAUCCAUUAAUGCGGCAAAUCAGAAUUUAACGUGGGGCCAACUAGCCCUCAUCAAUGCCGAGCGCAUCAUGCGUCUUGCAGGACCGUUUGCACAAAACCAAAUGAAGGACAACCUCAUUCGUCUAAAAGAAGGACAAAUUGUCGGCCAAUGGAGAGACAGCGAAUUCGGUAUUGGGGGAGGUCGAAUUCCCUUCGACGUAAAUACAGCCCUCGCACCCGCAGCUCUACGGUCAAUCGCCGCACUCUCCAAAAAGGGAAUCUACAAGAAUAGACAAAAUUGGACUGAUCUAGCGGAAGAGUACGCCCAGAUAUGGGAAGACACUACCCUCUCAUUCUUCGAAGUUACAAUCCCAGAGUCAAAGGCCAAAUCCCUCGUUCAGUCCUAUCAGAAUGCGUCAUCAUUCACCGGACCUGAUCAAUCGUCCUCCAUCGAUACAAACGUAACAUUCUACUCCUUAUCUUUGGACGGAUAUAACAAUCUUUCUCAAGUGGAGGUCAUGAACACAGAUGACUGUUUCCGACACUUCCUCCUAAACACAACCAACGACGCCCAACUCUCCACGCUACUAAACUCGACAGCCACCAACAUCCGGCGCGAGUUCCCAGCCGGAUUAAUGACUGAUGUGGGAAUGUUAAUUGCCAAUCCGGCAUUUGGAGAGAAUCCCGUCUACGCGCAAAAUUGGACAACCGGUGCGUAUCACGGUACGGUUGUUUGGUCGUGGCAGUUAGCGAUGAUGGCGAAGGGACUUGAGUUGCAGAUGGGAAGAUGUGAGGUGUCUGUGAACUUUUCAACUUUGAGUACUUCUCGAAUUUCUGGUGAGAGGAUGGUAGGAAGAAAGGGCAAGGAUAAGGAAGUUGUACCGGCAUUCUGUACGGAUUCAUCGAUCUUCGACAAUGUCAAAGCAGCCUAUAAUGCGCUCUGGGACUCGAUUGAGGAGAACGGUGAUCAACUCUCGACGGAGAUGUGGUCAUGGGUUUACAAAAAUGGGACUUUUGAAGUUACGCAGCUGGUGAAUUUGCCGGCGCCGCCUGGAGUUGGAGGCCAAACUGGUAUGUUCGAUCUCUUUUAUUUCUGUAUUGGUUGA